UCAACUUCUACCUCAGUUAGGAGACAGCUAAGAAAACUCGAUUUGAAAUGGAAAUUUGUUUAUUUCACGUAUCACAUACCUAUUCUUAUAAUAUUUCAUAUUUUCAAGAUAUUACAUACGCUAUCCUAAGACAUAGUACUCAUACUCGUUAACUUAGGUACGAAGUACGAUGCAGGCUUACUCACCGCUAUUAUCCCUCCCGCGAGAAGUGCUUGAUCGUAUUAUCGACUUUUAUCUCACCUUUAACCACGAAGAUUUUGAGGAUACACUGCGUCCCCAUCUUGUAUAUAUGGGUGACACGGCAUACUCACGUCCGUUACCUAGCUUGAUGCUAGCCUCAAAGGAUUUGUACCGCGAGCUUUCUCCCAUAGUUCACAGACAAGCUAUCUUGCGCGUUCAGGUUUCCGGAUUGAACGACCGGCGAAUUAGCUUCGCCGUCCAUGGAAAACUUCGGUUCGACCGGCUAGAAAAGCUCUGGCUACUUAUGGCAAAGGAGCACGCCAAUUGGAAUAGUUGGUUGUCGUUCUUUGGAGAGGUUACUGACCGUACCAAAAACCUCAAAGCCUUGGUGAUUGAUUGGGCGCCUAGGCCAGUCGGCUCCGUAGGCUCCGUAGGGUGGACUGGUCGCGUGAACGCAAAGAAGGAGGACGAGUUCUUCAAAAUGAUAGGAACUCUGAAGGAACUUCGCCUCAUCCAAAUCUACGGCGACAUCUCACCAGAAUGGAUUAGCCGGCUUGAAGGACUUGCGCCGCAUGUCGUGUAUUAUCGAAACCGGUGGUGGCGAGAGCCCGGGAUGGAUUAAUGCCCUAUGUCUUCUAUUGUAAGCCUAAGAUAC